UCAGUUGUGCUAGCGCUACAGACCUAUGUUAUGUCCAGAUUCUUUCUUCCUUUAGACAUUUGUGAGAACUAGCAUGUGUCAUUGCUCAUUUCUAGCGAAGUUCUGACCUUCCUAAAAGGGUUUUCAUUGGGCUGAAUGGGAAAAAAAAUAACUCCAAGAGACGAGAGAGGUAUUGGAUUUUGUAUGAUCCAUGAAUUCAACCUGGCAUUAUUAGCAUAACAAUAAUAGAGACUUGUACAAUUUCCUUAUGGGGUUUGCGUGGCAAGUAUUAUAGGCUUAGCUCGACUUUGUUAGAAAGUUCUACAUAUGCUCUCUCAUAUGCAUGGAUGAGCAUUUCAGCAGCGAGACCGCUUUGGAAUUGUGGAUUAGACAGAAAAUUCAUUAAGGUUAUGAGGCUAAAUCAUGGGAGAAUCCAUGGAUUAUGACGACACCUGCAAGGGCGGCCACGUUAAAUGCUUUGGUUAUUCAUCCUAGAAUCCCUAUUAGUGAUUUUAUUAGAGAUGAUUCAAAGGAAUGAGAUGUGGAGAGGCUAAAGAAUUUUGUUGGGGCCGAAAACAUUCCUUUAAUUGGGAGUUUGGCCAUAAGCCGCACUACACAUCGAAAUACCUAUUGAUUGAGUUUUACGAAGAGCAAUAUACUAUUAAGUCGGGAAACUAGGUUACUAAAAACAUUUGAAACAUUGGAAUGAGGUCAUAUAUUCGGAACUGAGUAUCACUAAGCUUCGCUUGGAAAGCUAAUGCUCCUUAAAAGAUGAACCACCUUAUAUGGCAGUUAGUAACAUGACAGAUAGCUGUAACAAAGAAUUUUACAAUCAUAUGGAUACUUUAAAGUAUGCUUCUAAAAAAUAAAUCAUUUAUUUUAAGAAAAAAAUAUAGAAAAUCUUUUAUUUUAAGAAAAAAAUAUAGAAAAUAUUAUUUAUAUCUCUAAAUAUAGAGAGCAAGUAGCAUUUUCUAUACUUUUCUUUAAAUUAGAAGAAUUUUAUUAUAUAGUCAUACAUUGGACCAAAUUCUUCUAUAAUAAUGUUCUAUUUUAGAAAAGAAAAUAUAAACAUAUACAUUGGAGAUGUGUUAAUUGAAAGAUUUUUUUUGUUGUCAAAUAAAAAGUAACGCUUAAUUCUGUCAGUCAAUAAAACGUGUCAAGAAUUUCAAUAUUUGAAAUAUGUUGAAGCCUUGAAUGGUUCACAAUAUCAAAUACAAUUCAGGUCUUGUUAAACAGCGUGCCGUGCAUGUCAUACAUACUUCUAUUCAGAUUAUAUAUAUGACAUGUGGGAAUAUAUUAUAUAAUAACAUCUCUCUCUAUCUCUAUAUCUCACUUCAGAUUCACAGCACAAUCACUUCCCCAACCAUGGAAGCUUCUGCAACUUCCAAGCUUCUCGUAUCUGACAUCGCCUCCUCCGUUGAUCACGUCCCUUCAAACUAUGUCCGACCAAUAUCUGAUCGUCCAAAUCUUUCGAUUGAAACAUCCGGUGAUUCCAUCCCUAUGAUCGAUCUCCAGGAACUCCAUGGACCCAAUCGAGCCGAUGUUAUCUACCAAGUUGCUCAUGCAUGCGCUUCUUAUGGCUUCUUCCAGAUCAAGAACCAUGGGGUGCCAGAGAAAACAAUAGAAAGAAUGAUGACGGUGGCAAGAGAGUUUUUCAGGCAGCCAGAGAGCGAAAGAGUUAAGCAUUACUCUGCGGAUACAAAGAAGACGACGAGACUCUCCACAAGUUUCAACGUUGGCUCAGAGAAAGUCUCUAACUGGAGAGAAUUCCUCCGACUCCAUUGCCUUCCUAUCGAAGAUUUCAUCAGCGAAUGGCCUUCGAGUCCAGUCUCAUUCAGAGAAGUUACAGCUGAAUAUGCCACAAGCGUUAGAGCCUUGGUCCUCGUACUUCUCGAGGAAAUCUCAGAGAGCUUAGGCCUUGCGAAAGACAGUGACUGUAAGGCAAGCAAUACAUUAGGCAAGCACAGCCAACACAUGGCCUUAAACUACUAUCCACCCUGUCCUCAACCCGAUCUAACUUUCGGACUUCCCGGACAUAAAGAUCCAAACUUGAUCACUGUUCUUCUUCAAGAUGAAGUGUCUGGUUUGCAAGUCUUUAAAGAUGGUAAAUGGAUCGCUGUUCAUCCUGUUCCCAACACUUUUAUUGUUAACAUGGGUGACCAAAUGCAGGUUAUCAGCAAUGACAAAUACAAGAGUGAGCUACACAGAGCGGUUGUGAACAGCGACAAGGAGUGGAUAUUGAUACCGACAUUCUACUGUCCUUCUUUAGACGCUGUUGUUGGCCCACAACAAGAGCUGAUUAAUGAGGAAGAAGAGUCUCAUGCUGUUUACAGAAGCUUUACAUAUGCUGAGUAUUAUGAAAAGUUUUGGGACAGAGCACUUGCUACUGAGAGCUGUAUUGACUUGUUCAAAGCUUCCAAAACCUAAGACUGCAGUUUAGAAGAUGUCAUGACCGAAACAAGAAUGUCCACCUGUGUUGCAGUUUCAAUUUAUUUCCCCUAGAUUCUCUGAAUGUUAAUUCAAUCUGUUUAACAAAUAAAACUAACUGUUCUUCA